CGACAAUAAUAAUGGAAGAUGUGACUGGGGUUCAGCUCAUUGCAGAGGCACUAAAAGCUCAGAAUGUAGAAUAUAUGUUUGGAAUAGUUGGUGUUCCAGUCAUUGAAGUAGCUAUGGCAGCUCAAGCCUCAGGAAUCAAUCCAGGUGCGUGUCUGGUUGUGUCUGGACCGGGACUCAUCCAUGCACUUGGUGGAAUGGCCAACGCUAACAUGAACUGCUGGCCUGUGAUUGUUAUUGGAGGCUCCUCCGAUCAAAACCAAGACACCACUGGGGCGUUUCAAGAGUUUCCACAGGUGGAGGCAUGCAGAUUGUACAGUAAGUUCUCUGCUAGGUCUAGCAGUCUGGAUAUGAUCUCCUCAGUGGUAGAGAAGGCAGCACGCACUAGCAUGUAUGGACGUCCAGGUGCUGUAUACGUAGACAUAUCUGGGGACAUGGUCAAUGUAACAUGUUUAAUGUUUGACCUAUUAUUUAUUAUUUCCUUUGUCAGAGAGGUGCCCUGUAGUCCACCUCCUCCUGUGAGUAUGGCUGACCAUAUGGCGAUCACAGAAGCACUGGCGGUCCUGAAAGGAGCCAAACGGCCUUUACUCAUCAUUGGCAAAGGUGCAGCCCAUGGAAGAGCAGAGGGGGCUCUGAGGGAGCUGGUGGAGGGGUGUGACCUGCCCUUCCUGCCCACCCCCAUUGGUAAAGGGGUGCUGCCUGACGAUCACCCCAACUGUGUUGCUGCUGCCCGCUCCAGGUCAGCCUCUCCUUCUCUCAGCUGGCAUCAUAUUCAUGUACAGACCAUUGACUGUAUAAGUAGGACCAAUAAUUUCCCUGACCAUUUGAACGGACCAGGAAACUCCUGAAAUCCCUAUCUAUAACUAGUCUCUCCUGGCCAGGUCAUGUCAAUGUAAACUGGUGUCAAUCAA